AUGAUUAGAGAUGAUUUGAUAAUUUCAGAUCUGAUUUGUAAAUUUGUUAAGACAAAUUCUCAUUAAAAAAAUGAACCUGAUAUGGAAGAAACUAAGGAUGGUGGUAAUACAAAUUCUUCUGAUCCUGAAGAGGAAGUUAGUGAAAAUUAAUCAAGUAUAAUUCAUGAUUCAUGGGAAUCGGCUUCAUUUUCAAGUUCAAUUUAAUUUACAGAUUACUAUACAAUUGAAGAUGAGAACAAUUUGAUUAGUAGUAGUUAAAAUUCAGAUUCUUCCAGCUCUAGUUCAAGUUCAAGUUCGAGUUAGACAUCUGAGAGUGAAGAUGAUGAAGAAAGAAAAGAAAACUUGUCUGUGUCAAAUUCUGAAUGAU